AUGGUAGAAACAGCACCCAAUUCCUUGAACAAUCGAGCAGUAGAAUACCGCGGUUAUCUCCACACCGCUAUGCUUCUUGGAGCGGCAGCAAACCAGCGCCAACACCAAGAAGAAUCCUCCACCUCCGACAAAGGACCGUCGGUUGGCGCUUCGUCAAUUUUUACGAUUGACAGUAUAUUGGCAUCACCGCCUCGAGGAGACAGAAGACAUAUUGGCAGCAGCGAUACAAUUGCUGUAAGUCCAGCUUCAUCACCUGGUUCAAAUGCCGGAGAUAGGAAAGAUGGUGAACUCUUCAGAGAUUUUAGAUCUUCUCCCGUGUUACCUGGACAUCAACACCAUCAUCCGGCGGCGGCUUUGCAUUUAGGACACUUGGCAGCAGCAGCCGCGUCCGGUUUUGGAACUACUUCAGAUUUUCUUGCAGUAGCAUAUCCCAAUUUCUACCCAAAUUAUAUGCACGCUGCUGCAGUAGCGCAUGCGGCGGCGGCCGCGUCUAUGCACCCGCAUGUCCACGGACCGCCACCUAAACGAAAGCGGAGGCACAGGACCAUAUUCACAGAAGAACAGUUAGAGCAGUUAGAAGCAACUUUUGAUAAAACACACUAUCCAGACGUGGUGCUGAGGGAACAGUUAGCACUUAAAGUUGAUCUUAAGGAAGAGCGAGUUGAG